CUCAUAAAUGUGAAAAAGCCAACUGUGCCGUCCUAUAUUGUUUCGGGUUUUUUCACCAAUCUUCAGACACUAUGAGUUCAUCCACGUCUCACAAAACAAACACUACAUAAGGGCGUUUCACUGGCCUCUACAUAUAACCAUCCUCUCGUACAAUACAGAUCCAGCCAGUAAGAAAUACAGAUCUGCAUCAUGAUUUCAGUCGCAGCAAUGGGUGUGCGCGGCUUUCUGCUGUUGUUCAGUGCCGUCGUCCUCGCACUAUCCGUCAGUGUUGCCAAGGAGCAGCGGUUUGAAGCAGUCCCCACGCAGACAUCCUUCAGCAGCUUUGUUGGAGCAUUCGGCCUCGUUGUCUCGGCGAUUGGCCUUCUCGCCCUAUGGCUCAACAGGAUUCCCGCGCUGUUCGUCAUGGGUGCUGAUGUGGUCACCUCCAUCUUCUUUCUUGCUGCUGGUAUUGCUUUGACCCUUGGGCUCAAGAGUGUCUCCAAUUGCACUGAUACCAGCGACCAGGCUCUGCUGAACAAGUAUGACAACAGACUGGUCAAUGGUGGCUGCAUCAGUAGACAUGGCGAUACUUUCUGUAACGUUGCCAAGAACGAGGACGACACCAAGUUUUCCCUCGCCGUCAGCCGCUGCCAGCGACUCCAAGCCGACUACGUAUUUGAGUAUCUCGGCUUCAUCCUCGGAAUCGUCAUGAUUGGCUUGGGUUGGAUGCUUCAUAAGCGUGGAGGCACCAGCCGAGCAACUUAUGUCUAAAUGAUCACUAUUUGGGGGGAUGUUUAUGUGCCUGAUACGUUGAGGUGUUCGGCUGAUGUUUAGCUGUGUAUGGACGGGUUUGACGAUAAUGAUGAUUGGACGUUGACAUGGCACAAUACAGCCAUUUAUUAUUUCUAUUGGCAAUGGCAUUGAUACCAGGGCACGGGAGACUUCGGAGCCCAAUCUUGGGAGAUCUCAAUUCCAAUUUCAAAUAUUCCGGCUUUCACGAGCAAAGACAUGUGUCUUCUAUCUCACUGCCGUAAGAAACACAUGUAUUCUUUAGGAUGCCCCAAAGUGCUUAGCUAAUAGCACUCUGAUAAAACCUAGUUUGCUGAACCGGUUCACCGUUAUUGUAUCUUGCCCAGCAGUAUUGCCGCCAGGACACCAACGAUAAAGAUAUAGAGCACCCCUAUCUAACUAUAAUAUACAUGUGGAUCUCUACCGGCAUUAAGCUAUUUGGCUGACAGACAGCUUUUCAAUGAAACAAACUUUACCG